AUGCGCCAAGAACCCCCCCCCCCCAUGUACAUCACUCUCUACUACUUAGUCAGUCGCCUCCCUGACUCCCUUCGCGUAGUCAGGGACCACUUCCUCUCAGUCUGUCCCACCACUCUCACUGUUGACCUCCUCGAGAAGUCCCUCCUAGCGGCUGAGAAGAGCAUAGUCGCUGUAGGGGCCUCUCGUGGUGACCCGCGCACCCCCAUCUUUGAGGGGUGUUCCCCCUCCCCCCUUCUGCCCUCCGUUGCCUCUGCUGCUGCGGCCGACCUUCUUGGUCUUGAGUCGGUCGAUGCGGCGUCUGCCCCUAGCGGGAGACGCCGCUCUGGCAAGGGCAAGGGGGGCAGGGGCACUGGAGGAGCGAGCGGGAGCGUUGGAGGUGGAGGUGGAGGCGGCGGGGGGAGUGGGGGUGGCGAUGGGAGUGGAGGUGGGGGUGAAGGUGUCGGUGGCGGCAGUGGAGGCGGAGGCGGCGGUGGCGGUGGGAGCGGAGGUGGCGGAGGUGGUGGCGGUGGAGGAGGCGGCGGAGGCGGCGGUAGUAGCGGAGGCGGCGGAGGCGGCGGGGUUGACGGUGGAGCUAGUCGUGGGUCUACGCAGAGCAGCAGCAGCGCGGUCGUGAGACCCUGUCCCCUCAGCAGCUCCGUGAGUGGUACACUGCACGCCAGCGGGGUGGGGGUUUUGGUCCGUGCACCUACGUCCUGCGCACCGGCGAUCGUGCGGAGAUCCCUCGCUGGGGCGAGGGCGGGUGUUGCCAUCUAUGACCUUGAUUUUGAUGCUAUUCUUUCUGCCAUGUAUGCUGUGUCUAUUAGUGAUGAGGGUGACUGUUACCGGUGUUUCCCGCCCGAUCCGGGCAUUGAGACUGCUGCUCUAGGUACUGGUGAGGCGGCUGCCCUAGGUGCUUGCGACGCUGCUGCUCUAGGUGCUAGUGCAUCUGCGUCCUCAGGUACUGGUGAGUCUGCGCUCUCAGGUACUACGUCGGCUUCGGCCUCCCUCACCUUCACCCUUGACUCUGGGGCUUCUCGCUCCUUCUUUCGGGACCGCACCACACUCACGCCGCUUAGUCGGCCGGUUGCGGUGUCCCUGGUUGACCCCUCUGGGGAUCCUGUCCUGUCUCACUUCUCCACAGUCCUCCCGUGUCCUGCGGCUCCCUCUGGCACCCUGUCUGGUCUCUACCUCCCCUCGUUCUCUACGAACCUGGUGAGUGGUGCUGACCUGCAGGAUGGGAGACCGGGGUCGAGCCUGUACACACUGACCACUGCGUCUCCUCCCGUUGCUGAGUCUGGUAGGGUAGCUGCGUCGGGUCAGGUGUUUGCUGCAGCGUCCAGGGCCCUGGCCCUGCCUGGUCACGAGCGCUACUUCCUGCUCGUUGUUGACGACUACUCGCGUUACACCGCAGUCUUCCCCUUGCGCAGCAAGGGUGAUGUCACUGAGGUGCUGAUCGACUGGAUCCGCGCAGCUCGUCUCCAGCUUAGGAAGAGCUUUGGCUCGGACUUUCCUAUUCUGCAUCUGCACUCGGACAGAGGCGGAGAGUUUACCUCUGGCCUUCUGAGAGCCUACUGUCGCGCACGAGGCAUCCGUCAGACCUUCACGCUUUCGGACUUUCUGCAGCAAAAUGGGAUUGCUGAGUGCCGCAUUGGCAUGGUCAUGGACGUCGCUCGUACGUCUAUGAUGCAUGCGGCUGCCCCCCAUUUUCUGUGGCCGUUUUCGGUCAGGUACGCGGCGCAUGAGAUCAACCUUCACCCCAGGGUCUCCAGGCCGGAGACCUCCCCAGCCUUGCUGUGGACGGGGAAGGUUGGCGAUGCGUCGGCGUUCCGGGUCUGGGGAUCUCGGGCGUUUGUCCGCGACUUGUCUGCGGACAAGCUGUCCCCUCGUGCUGCUCCUUGCGUCUUCGACGUCACGUUUGACGAGUCGGUCCCCUACUACCGGCUCUUCCCCUACCGCACUCCGUCCCUCCCCCCGCCGCCGCUCUUCCUUGUACCAGAUCCCCCUCCGGUAGACCCCCUCCCCCCUCAUGGUCCUUUAGGUGUGUCCCAGGUAGACGCAGUCGAGCCUGUCGAGAUCACUGGUGACUUUGGUGCUGCUGAGGAUGCUGCGCCUGGGGGUGCUGACUCUAAGGGGGGUGCUGAGACUGGGGGUGCUGAGCCUGGGGGUGCUGAGCCUGGGGGUGCUGAGCCUGGGGGUGUUGAGCCUGGGUGUGCUGAGCCUAGGGGUGCUGAGCUUGGAGGUGCUCCGCCUGGAGGUUCUCCGGGUGCUUCGUCUCUGCGGGAGCCACUCUCUCCACAGGAGCUGCGCGAGUGGUUUGCCCAGCGUUGGAGGCGUGCUGCUGGUGCUCGAGGUACUUCGGCUACUGAGGGUGCUGCUGUCGCAGGUCCCGAAGGUGCUCGUACUGGGAGUAGUGGAGCUGCUGGGCCUGCGGGUGCGACUCGAGCUGGUGCUGCUGAGGGUGUUGGAGCUGAGACCACUGCUGGCGGUCCUGCUGCGGGUUCUCCUGGUGCUGCUGGAGGUUCGGGCGCUGCUGGAGGUGCCGCUGGAGCGGGUGCUCCUGCUGGGGGAAACGGUGCUGUACCUGCUGUGUAUGGCGUCGCCGCGCGGCCUCGACCGUACUUCGUUCCACUCCUGCAGCAGGUUCUUGGUCUUCCGCCUUCUACUGGUCCUCCUCCUCCUUUAGAGUGUCUACAGCCAGUACCGUUUGAGUUACAGUUGCAGCCUACCUCCCCUUUGCCUGCUCCUUCUCCCUACACUGGUCCUAGUGGAGUCGGACUCUCUUCGUGCUGCCAGUCCUACUGUCACGCGUCUCCUGGCUACUGUCGUCACUGGCCCUUCUUUCGAGUCCACUGCUGCGUCUCCCUUGUAACUGAGCUCGUCAACUUUGCUGCUCGCUGUCGCCUAGACUACGCUGCUAGUCUUGUCGCUGAGUCUGAGUCUGUCUGUCCUCCGUCCGUUGGGGGUGAGUGUGCCCUUGGCACGGACGUCCUUGAGGACAGGCAGGAGGAGUUCCAGUGCUUGGCCGCUGCUUCACCUCAUCUCGUGUCCGUAGUGCUUACCCCCGAGGGAGACCCGGAUGCAGUUGACAUCCCGACUCCGCGCUCUUACGCGGAGGCGAUAGAGGGUCCCUACUCCUCUCAGUGGCAGGCAGCUAUGGAUGCAGAGAUGGCUUCCUGGAAGUCCACAGGCACCUACAUUGAUGCUGUCCCCCCUCCUGGGGCGAACAUCGUCAGUGGCAUGUGGAUCUUCAGGGUGAAGCGGCCGCCGGGUUCUUCGCCUGUCUUCAAGGCGCGUUACGUGGCUCGUGGCUUCAGUCAGCGGCAGAGAGCUGACUACUUUCAGACCUUCUCCCCCACCCCGAAGAUGACCACUCUUCGGGUACUGCUGCAUGUUGCUGCUCACCGUGACUGCGAGCUGCACUCUCUUGACUUCAGCACUGCUUUCUUGCAGGGCAGCCUGCACGAGGAGAUCUGGCUGCGCCGCCCACCUGGCUUCACUGGGUCUUUCCCUCCUGGUACCCAGUGGAGUCUCCGGCGUCUAGUCUACGGUCUCUGCCAGGCGCCACGUGAGUGGCACGACACACUGAGGACUACACUUGCGGCUCUUGGGUUUGCUCCUUCUACUGCCGACCCGUCGCUGUUUCUACGCACCGACACCUCUCUGCCGCCGUUCUACAUCCUCGUGUACGUCGACGACUUGGUCUUUGCCAUAGCUGACACUGCUGGACUCGCCUACGUGAAGUCCGAGCUGCAGAAGAGACACACGUGCACAGACCUGGGUGAACUGCGUAGCUACCUUGGCUUGCAGAUCACCCGGGACAGAGCACGCCGCACCAUUACCCUGACUCAGUCACACAUGGUGCAGCAGGUCCUUCAGCGCUUCGGCUUCACGUACUCCUCGCCUCAGGCCACUCCUCUGUCUACUCGCCACUCACUCUCAGCUCUGCCUUCGGAUGAGUCCGUAGAGUCGAGUGGCCCAGCACAUGGCAGCAGCGAAGAGGGUGCUGCGCUACUUGGGCAGUACGUCGGGCAUGGGGCUAGUGCUUGGAGGGCGGAGUCCAGUGGUCCUCACUGGGCACGCGGACGUUUCUUGGGCUGA